AAGUUUCUCAGCUGCUGAACGGCGGACGCUUCGUGAGCACACAGUCGCGGCUCUGAGUUUUCAGUUUCGCUCGCUAAAUAUGACAAGAAGUGGAUAGUAGGAUUCGAUACGGAUUUCGGUUGAGUUGCGGAACGGAAUUUAUUUUGUUCUGGGCGUGUUUUUCAAAGGGAAAACUUUUGGGAAAAGUUGUGGGGGGGGAAACAAAUAGGACCCUCCGUCACGGAGCAGGAUGGGCAAAGAGCUCACGAUGGAACACACGGUUUUUCUUCUCAUGCUGGCUCUGACGGCGGCGAGCAGCCGAGCAGCCGAGCUCGGCUUCCAGCUGAACCAGACGGCCAAGCAGCACGUGUGUCUGGAGAACCAGCAGUAUCCUCAUAAGGGGUUCUGCUGCGAAAACUGCGAGGCCGGCACCUACGUGAAGGAGAAGUGCACCGCGGAUCUGGAGAAGGGAACGUGUGAACGAUGCAAGGAGGGCACCUACGCCGAGCACCCGACCGGCAUGGACCAGUGCCUUCAGUGCAGUCCGUGCCCUGCAGGUCAGAUAAUAACAGAGGCGUGCACAAACACGAGGGACACGAAGUGUGAAUGCAAGUCCGGGACUUUCUGUCUGCCAGAUGAGCCCUGUGAAGUAUGCAAGAAGUGCACUAGGUGCAAAGCGGAUGAAAUCGAGGAGCGUCCAUGCACUCCGACCUCCAACACGAAGUGUAAAAAACGGCCUUCAUCACCUCACGACCCCACCGUGACGCCCACAAUCUCACCUGCACCCCGAAAUGAAAGUAAUGGGACCGUAGUGAUUUUUAUCGUGGUGGUUUGCGUGCUUCUAAGCGUCAUUGUUCCCAUCGCUCUGGCGGUUUGGAAGAAGACACGACUCUGUGGAAAACGAGCAAGCCCAGUGGCUCAAAAUCAUGACGUAAAGAUUCCAAUAGACGGUGUUAGUGUCCGUACCUCUGAGGAGUGUGAGAACAGCCAUAACGCGGGAUUAGAGGAGGCGGAGCUGCCUCGCACUGAGCUUCGUCCGCUCCUGCUGCAGGAGACGCUUAGCCCAGGGGGUAAAAGCAUCCCGGUGGAAGACGAGGACCGAGGACUUGGGGACAGCCUACCAAACACCACCAGCUCCUCCCAGACCAGUCUGUCAGCCCUGCCAGUCAACAUGUCACCUUCUGUCUCAGCAAAUGAGAAGGAGGUGGAGCCAUGGGCCAGGGAGGAUGGCACACCCAGAAGACUUGUUCCAUUACUUGCCGAGGAGGUGUCUCUAAGCAAGAGCUUCGACCUGUUUGACGUUCUGGAUGUGCGCGUGCACAACAAGUUCUUUCGCAGCAUCGGCGUAAACGACAACGCCAUCAAGCUCGCCGAGUCGCACAACGCCAGCGACAAGGUGUACGAACUGCUGCGCGUGUGGAUGCAGCGCGAGGGACUCCGCGCCAACAUCAACCACUUGCUGCAGGCGCUGCUCGACCUCGACCAGCGCUACUCGGCCGAGCAGAUCGCGUCCCGCUCGGUCGAGCGCGGAUACUACAAAUACGAGUGAUUACUUAAAGAGGAGAGAGGAAAGAAAAAAAAAUCAAUCGUAACCAACUUGUAAAUCGGAAAGUAUCGCGCCGUUCCUUUUCACAGCCUGUAACGGACUGACGGCGCGCGCGUCGUUUACGAUGAGCUGGUUUUAAUAUGAACAAAACUCGUGUAAACACUAGACUUGUGAACUAUAACAAGCAACUUGGCAUUCGAGAGUCAUGUGGAGGAGCUAGAUUUUUUGAUUUUUUUUUUUAUUAUUAUUAUAUUUUUUUUUUUUGGCUGCUGUAGCUGAACACAUCUUCAUGCCUCCCAUUACCUCUUAAGUCUAUUAAAGAAAAAAGAAAAUGCA